UAAUCCACGGAAGCCAUGACAAAGACAACCACUUGCGUAUACCACUUCCUUGUUUUGAACUGGUACAUUUUCCUCAAUUAUUACAUCCCACAUAUUGGAAAGGAUGAGGAGAAGUUAAAGGAAUUCCAUGAUGGUGGACGUUCAAAGUACUUGACACUCCUUAAUCUGCUCUUGCAGGCCAUUUUCUUUGGGGUCGCCUGCCUGGAUGAUGUGCUGAAAAGAAUCAUAGGAAGGAAAGACAUCAAGUUCAUCACAUCCUUCAGAGAUCUACUUUUUACCACAUUGGCUUUUCCUGUCUCCACAUUUGUAUUCCUGGUAUUCUGGACCCUCUUUCACUAUGAUCGAAGUCUUGUUUACCCCGAGGGCCUGGAUGAUUUCUUUCCAGCAUGGGUUAAUCAUGCAAUGCAUACCUCCAUAUUGCCCUUCUCACUGGUUGAAGCCAUUCUCAGACCACACCACUAUCCAUCGAAGAAGCUCGGACUCGCUUUGUUGGGUACUUGUAACAUUGCCUACAUUAUCAGGAUCCUGUGGCGCUACUCCCAGACUGGCAAUUGGGUGUACCCUGUGUUUGCCUCCCUCAGCCCACUGGGUAUUAUCAUCUUCUUCUCAGCCGCUUACAUCCUGAAUGCCGGCAUCUACCUGCUCGGAGAGAAGAUCAAUCACUGGAAAUGGGGUGCUACAGUGAAGCCAUGGAUGAAGAAGAAAUGACUACACACUAUUUUUCAAGAGCC